AUGUCCGCCGACACCCGGCCCAUAUCGCCGGGCCGCUUCGCCACGGCCCUCAAGGACCUCUCCGUCCCCAUGCUGCACCUCAAGGUGCUCGAGAUCCGCAACUCCAUCGCCCACCUGCAAUACUCCAACGACCAGCUGAAGCCCUUCGCCGAGGGGUCGGCCACCGCGCUCGGCGACGAGCCCGCCCACGGCCCGGACCAGGACUGCGUCGACGCCAUCCGGGAGAACGAGGCCGUGAUUGACCGCAUGGCCGAGCGGAUAGCCCUCGUCCGCGCCGAGGUCGAGGAGCGAGGCGUGAGCUGGGCCGAGUUCCAGAGCAAGGAGGAGGCAGAGGCGGCCGCGGACAAGGCCAGGGCAGAAGAAGCGCAGGUCAAUGGCCACGGCCAGCGGCGCGGGACGCACUCGGCGUGGACGGAUGGCACUUUUCAGACUGGUACCAUACGGGAUGGGCAAAUCCACAUGGACACUCAGCCUCCUCCGACGGCAGGGAGCGGGAACAAUUCAGGUGGGAGGUUGAACGAUGAGGAGCUGAGGCAAGCAAUCGAGGAGCGGUUGCGAACUUUGGGCAAUGAGGGCGACGGCGACGGCGAUGGCGACGACGGUGGCAUGCACCUGUGA